CCCCAAGCCCGUUGCCUCCCAGCCCUUCCCCUCCAAGCCCUUUGCCCCCUAGCCCACCACCGCCUAGCCCUUCUCCUCCAAGCCCUUUACCCCCCAGCCCACCACCGCCUAGCCCUGAUCCCCCAAGCCCUUUGCCCCCAAGCCCGCUGCCGCCUAGUCCUCAUCCUCCAAGCCCACCACCCCCCAGCCCAGAUCCUCCCAGUCCAGAUCCUCCAAGCCCCCUACCCCCAAGCCCGUUGCCCCCAAGCCCUUCCCCUCCAAGCCCUUUGCCCCCUAGCCCACCACCGCCUAGCCCUGAUCCCCCAAGCCCGCUGCCGCCUAGUCCUCAUCCUCCAAGCCCACCACCCCCCAGCCCAGAUCCUCCCAGUCCAGAUCCUCCAAGCCCCUUACCCCCAAGCCCGUUGCCCCCAAGCCCUUCCCCUCCAAGCCCAUUGCCGCCCAGCCCACCGCCGCCAAGUCCUGAUCCCCCCAGUCCUGAUCCCCCAAGCCCACCACCGCCUAGUCCUGAUCCUCCUAGCCCUGACCCCCCAAGCCCACCAUCGCCUGGCCCUUCUCCUCCAAGCCCGUUACCUCCAAGCCCGCCACCGCCUAGCCCCAAGCCCCCAAGCCCGCCACCGCCCAGCCCACCACCGCCUAGUCCUGAUCCCCCCAGCCCACUACCUCCCAGCCCACCAUCUCCUAGCCCUGAUCCUCCAAGCCCCCGUCCCCCAAGCCCACAGCCUCCCAGCCCUUCCCCACCAAGUCCUUUACCUCCCAGCCCACCACCGCCUAGCCCCAAGCCCCCAAGCCCUUCACCCCGAAGCCCACAACCGCCUAGCCCUCUUCCUCCCAGUCCUCCGCCUCCUCACCCAAGCCCACCACCGCCUAGCCCGGUGCCCCCAAUGGCCCCACCACCUAGCCCAGCACCACCCAGCCCACCACCGCCAAGCCCGGAACCCCCCAACCCACCAUCCCCCAGUCCUCUGCCACCUUCCCCCCCAUCGCCUCGGCCACCCUUACCCCGUCCUCCUCCGCCCAGGCCCUCUCCAUCUCCCCCAAGCCCACCGCCCUCCAUGAUUUCACCGCCACCGCUUGCCCCCUCACCGCCACCAGUAGCAGUGCUGCAAGCCGUGAAAGAGGAACUCAUUUUGAGGUCGAGCCUAAAAGCUACAGUUCUUUUCGUUGCAGUACGCAUCUCCAGCGUGCCCCUUUCCGCACUGGGUUCAGAGCCGGGCCGGGCCUUCUCUGACAGUGCCCAGGCCGCUGUGGCCGCCGCGCUGACCGGCGAGCUCCGUACGGCCGCUGGGGCGGCUCCCAAUGCCGGAACAACCCAGGUGGCGGCACUGCUGGCGACACGGGACACCUCCACUUCCUGCGGCGCCACAUCAGCACCCCUAGUAGUGGCAGUGGCUGAUGCUGCUGGGAACACAACCUCUGCCACAUGCAUCACCAGCAACACAGCGGCCGUGGUGCUGUACAUGCAGGUGUCUGCCAUAGGAGCCGCACCUUGGAUCUCCCCCGACACCCUCAGCACUGCUCUUAGCUCAGCCGCUGUGACGGACACCCUGCCGGCGGGUGCGGGUGCUGUCUUGGCUUCCGCUACCCCAUCAGAUCGUGACUUGCCCCCCGGCUACCAGCCCUCGGGUGACGAUUGUGAC